AAAAUACAAAAUUAUGAAAUAACACCAAAUUAGGUUGAAAACUCAAGAUGAGCAAGCAAGAGCCACCACCCUAUAAUUUUAUUCCACCACCAUCUGCACCACCGCCAUACUCACAAGCAGUCAAUGGUGUUGAUCCAGCCGCACCACUCACUCCACAACAGCCAAUUUUAACUGCACAACAUAUUGUUACAACCAUCAUCCCACUAGGACCACAUGCCACUCAUACGAUAUGCCCAUCAUGUGGAGCAGAAGUCAAUACAAAAACUAGAACAUCGCCAGGAGUAAUUGCUUAUGUCAGUGGAUUUAUCAUUGCUGCUUUAGGAUGCUGGUUAGGAUGCUGUUUAAUUCCAUGUUGCAUUGAUGAAUGCAUGGACACUCAUCAUUAUUGCCCAGCUUGUGGCAGUUAUCUAGGACGUCAUCGGCGUUAA